ACGCAGCGCAGUACAACACCCACUGUCGUCAUCCCUGCCUCCGCCAAAGUGUGCCAUAGCUCUCCUAAAGUAGUAAUACCAUCACCAAUUCUCAGCCCGUCUACCCCAAACAGAAACAAGGAAAGCCACUAGUCGCCCAACUCAGCGCGCUUAGACCAAACCGGGAAAAGAAGACGAAGCAGAAGAAGCAGAAGAAGAAGAAGAAGAAGCGUGGACAGAAUCAGACUAAAUCCUGGCGAACCGACACGUUAACUCGAUCAACCUUCGGCCACUUCGCAGGCCGACGCACCAGCUGCUCAGACUGAAAUCAGGCGUCACUGCGGCGUUAUUCUUCACCUCGGUUACGAUCCUCUACUCGAGCCCGGUUAUCUUUAGCGGAUCUGUGGCUAAUUCGCUGCCGUUUGCUUCGAUUGUCAAUCGUCCUUUUCAUACUCUGCCGGGAAUGGUGUACAAGACCCCUCCCCAAGCGCCUCCAACAUGGACGCUGACCCCUGAGCAGAUCACCUCGGAGAUGGAGACCGUUCUCGCCGAGGCGAAGAAGCUCGAAGACGAGGUCUCUGCUCUUCCCGAACCCAGCUUCAAUUCUGUAAUUAAAGCGCUUGCUGAUGCGUCCAACGUGCGCUACGGGCUCGUCAAUCAGCUUACUUUCUACCAGCACAUCAGUGCCGACAAGGAGGUUCGCAAUAGUAGCAGCAAGGCCGAGGAGGCUUUCAGAGACUUUGACAUUGAAUCGUCGAUGCGCGAAGAUUUGUUCAAGGCCGUCAACGCGGUCUACAAGCAAACCCCCGACGUCGAUCCCGAGUCCAAACGCCUGCUCGAAAAGCUGAACCUCGACUUUGUCCGCAACGGUCUCGCGCUCCCGGUCGAGACGCGCGACGAGCUCAAGGCGCUGCAGAAAAAACUUUCAAACCUCGAGGUGCAGUACAACAAAAACCUCGGCGAGGAAACCGGCUUCAUCCUCUUCACCGCCGAGGAGCUCGAGGGCGUUCCCGCCGACGUGGUCGCGCAGUUUGCCGAGGUCGAGGGGAAAUACAAGAUGACGUUCAAGUACCCGGAUUUGUUCCCGGUCAUGAAGUAUGCCAAGAAUCCGGAUACGCGGCGACGCGCUUUUGUCGGGGAUCAGAAUAAGGUGAUGGAGAACACCGAGCUCUUGAUCCAGGCGAUCAAGCUGCGCGCUGAUAUCGCUCACUUGCUGGGGUAUAAGACGCACUCUGCUUAUGUGCUCGAGGAUCGGAUGGCAAAGUCGCCCGAGAUUGUUAUGACGUUCCUGAACGACCUGCGUGAGAAGCUCAGCAUCGCGGGAAAGACCGAGAUCGCCAAACUUCUCGAGCUCAAGCAGGCCGACGAAAAAGCGCUCGGCCUGCCCGAGGAUUCGUCGUUCAACGUGUGGGACUACCGCUACUUUGACCGCCUGCUUCUGGAGAAGGAGUACGAGGUCGACGACCAAAAAAUCAGCGAGUACUUCCCGAUGCAGUCCACGAUCGAGAAGAUGCUCAAGAUCUUUGAGGUCUUGUUUGCGCUCGAGUUCCACGAGGUCACCGGCGCCGACCGCUCGGUCUGGCACGAGGACUGCAAGCAGUUCGCGGUGUGGAAGAAUGACACCGGCACCCAGGAGUUUGUCGGCUGGUUGUACUUUGACUUGCAUCCGCGCGAGGGCAAGUACGGCCACGCCGCGAACUUCAAUCUGAGCCCGGGAUACACCGACAAGGACGGCAAGCGCGUGUACCCUGUGACUGCGCUGGUGUGCAACUUCUCAAAGCCGAGUGCGAGCAAGCCCUCGCUUCUGAAGCACGACGAGGUCGUCACUUUUUUCCACGAGCUCGGGCACGGAAUCCAUGACCUUGUCUCCGUCACCAAGUACGCGCGGUUCCACGGCACGAACGUCGCGCGCGAUUUCGUCGAGGCGCCGUCGCAGAUGCUCGAGUACUGGUGCUGGCAGCCCAAAGAACUCAAGGGUCUCUCGAGCCACUACGAGGAGCCCAGCAAGACGAUCGACGACGAUCUGAUCGACAAGAUCGUGAAGAGCAAGCACGUCAACGGCGGCCUCUUCAACCUGCGCCAGCUGCAUUUCGCGCUCUUCGAUAUGACCCUGCACACCUCCGACGGCAACAUUGACGUAACCGAGACAUGGAACAGCAUGCGUCAGGAGAUCGCGCUGAUGCAGCAAGCCAACGAAACAACCUACGGCUUCGGCUCGUUCGGCCAUCUCAUGGGCGGCUACGACUCGGGAUACUACGGGUACCUGUGGUCGCAGGUCUUUGCCGCCGACAUUUUCUACACCGAGUUCCUUGCCGAUCCGAUGAACACCACGAACGGACUCAGGUACCGCGACACGAUCUUGAAGCCGGGUGGCUCGCGCGAGGAGUUGGAUAAUUUGAAGCAGUUGCUUGGACGGGAGCCUAAUAAUGUUGCGUUUUUGAGCGAGUUGGGGGUUGGAAAGUAAGCACUAAUUUUCUGUCUGUCGCUUUUAAAAAAAUAAUAAAAUAGUAUAUUGUUAUUGGUAAACUAUCUUU